AUGUCAGGUAUCGAAGUUGGAGGGCUUGUUUUGGCUUGUCUUCCUCUCCUAAUACAAGGCAUCGAAUCAUACAAUGAGGGACUUGACCCUAUCAAGAGCUUUGUUAGAUGGGAGCGAGAACUCCCACAGUUCAUUCGAAAGCUCAGAAACCAACACGUUCACUAUGCUCAAACAGUUCGCAUCCUCCUCGAACCCAUUACCUCCGACGCUGAACUCGCCGAAAUGAUGGCCGAUCCCGGCUCCUCGAAAUUGUGGAAGGAUAAAGAGAUGGAUAUCAAGCUUCAGGACAAGCUGCAAGAGUCGUUCCAGGCAUACCAAAGUACGAUUGGCGAUAUUGAACGGAUAACGAAGAAGAUCGCGAGCAAGUUGGACCUCGAUCGCGCACGCGAGCUCACGCGCAAUGACCUCGAAGCAAUCCUUGUCGCGAAUCCGAAGAAGGCAAACGACAAAUACGAGAUCAGAAAACGUAUAAGAUUCGGAAUGACGAAGAAGAGCAUUAAGGCACUUUUAGAAGAGCUCGAUGACUGCAACAAGGAACUCGAACGCUUCACCGACAAAAGCGAGAAAAUCGAGACCUACCGAAAAUCGGUCAAACCUUCUUUCGCAACUCGACUACAGCAGAUACAAGGAUACGCCAAGAACCUGCACGAGUCGUUGUGCUGGUCGUGCGCAUGCAAGUUGUCGCACAAGACCAGCCUGAAAUUGGAGCCUCGAGGAAUUCUUUACGCCACAGGAUCCAGAAAAGGGGUCGAUCAUCUGAAGACUUGUUUCUCUGUGUCGUUCUCGACGGCGCCUGCAGACGACAAUGGCACAUCUUGGAUACGGCAAGCUGCUGAGAUACAAGUGGAAGAAUAUGUAACGGCUCUUGCUCCGCCGCCAUCACCAAGGCCAAGAACAUCCAAAAGCGUCAGUUUUAGUUCGCUUCCACCAUACUCUGUAGCCGACAUAAAUGCACACUUUUCUGCAGCACAGUCCCUACAGGAGGUUGAAGAUCUAUGUGCUUCGAUCGGAAAAUUUUACAAGCAAGCUUCAUGUAUAGGUUUUUCCCUUGACAGUAAGAGCAAGCUACGAGGCGCCUAUGCAGUUGAGACGGUUGAGUCAUACGUCCCUCCCUCAGAGCUAGUAUCGCUUGAAACUCUUCUAAGUAGUCCUCCAAUUGUGAAUGGCAGGCGUGCGAAACUUAGCAAGAAGGAACGAUACAGCUUAGCCCUGACAUUGGCAUCCAGCGUGCUCUACCUGAACUCGACGCCGUGGCUUGUAGAUCAAUGGACAGCGAAAGACAUUCUAUUUCACCAAACGUUGACUUCGUCACGACCGAUCGACAUCGAUCGACCAUACGUUGUUCCCACAAUCGAGCUCUCAAACCCCCUACUAAAUGGACAGCGACCCCGCGGCUUUCACAACAAGAACACUGUGCUUCUUGCCCUCGCGAUGGCUCUUCUUGAGCUCUACUUUGGAACAACCGCCGAGAAGUACCAGGAAUCUGAACAUGGGGCGAGCGACCCGUCAUUUGCCCAAAAUCCAUGGAUGUUAUGCUCAAUGGUGCAUACGUGGGCGGAGGAGUCUCAAGAGGAUCUGUCUGCCGCCUUUUUGAGUGCUGUCAGACAUUGUCUGAGGUGCUUCAGUGACCCUGGUGCCAGUCUGCAAGACGCAGAAUUCCUCCAGGCAGCAGUAGAGGGCAUAGUACUGCCGCUUCAGGAAGAACUCUACCAGUUCCUAGGCAAGUCAAUGACCUGA